AUGUCGUCGACUGGGUCAACCAACCACAGCAAGCGACUGGCAUCUGAGACAGACAACUCUCAGAGGGUGUUGGACAAUGAUUCUGCCCAAAACCUGAAGAUGAGGGAAAGACAGCGCUUUUUUGAAGAGGUCUACCAGCAUGAUAUAGACAACUACUUGCCCUCUGCUCACUUGCAGAUCAACUGCAGGAAACCUCCCAUGGGCAGUAUCUCAUCUAUGGAAGUGAAUGUGGAUGUCCUGGAGCAGAUGGACCUGAUGGACAUAUCUGACCAGGAGGCUCUCGACGUUUUUCUCAACUCAGGCUCUGGAGCAGAUGAGGGAGUGCUGGCAUCCCCACUACCAGAGUGCGUGGAAGAAGAUGAAGAUGAGGAAGAUGAAGAUGCAGAGGUUCUCUACAGGAAGCGUGCACCUUUGAAACAGCAAAACGAAGUUUGCUGCAGCUCAAAGUCUCGCAUGUCCUCUACAUCAUCUGGUUCCAGUGAUACCAGUGGGGCUGGAGUGGACACACCCGUGAUCCAGUCGGACGAUGAAGAAGUCCAUGCUGACACUCUGCUGCUGACCUCCGUUCCCCAAAACAGGGAUGAAGAAACAGAGGAGGAAGACGAGGAGGAAAGACGCCUUGCAACUACAUCCACAUAA